AGCCCAAGGCUUUAUGAACCGGGGCUGCUCCGGCUCCAGCUGCGGCUCCGGCUCCAGCUCCGGGAGGGAUGAGUGAAGCGGCGGAUCAGCAGCGGCUCCCCUUUAGUGACGGGAACAGUAUCCCGAUCCUGGGGUUGGGAACCUUCUCCCUGCUCAAGCCCAUUAAAGGUGAGACAGUAAAAGCUUUGAAAGCUGCCAUUGAAAUUGGGUACCGCCACCUAGAUGGAGCCUUUAUGUACAACAAUGAAGAUGAAGUUGGCGAGGCCAUUCAGGCAAAGAUUGCUGAUGGCACAGUGAAUCGGGAAGACAUCUUCUACACCAGCAAGCUAUGGAUGACCUGUCUGUCUCCCAGCCUGGUCCAGAAAGCCCUUGAGGCAACAUUGAAACGCCUGAAGCUGGACUACGUUGAUCUAUACCUUAUGCACUGGCCUAUGGGUUUGAAGCCAAGUGAAGAGGAGUUGUACCCUACGGAUGCAAGUGGAAAUAUUCUUCAGCUUGAUGUGGAUUUCCGUGAAACUUGGGCGGCUAUGGAAAGUUGCAAAGAUGCUGGUUUGGUGAGAUCUAUAGGAGUGUCCAACUUCAACCGCAGCCAGCUGGAGAUGAUCCUGAAGAUGCCCAAGCUGAAAUACAAGCCGGUGUGUAAUCAGGUUGAAUGUCACCCAUACUUGAACCAGAACAAACUGCUGAAAUACUGUAAAUCCAACAAUAUUGUGCUCGUGGGCUACAGUCCCUUGGGGACAUCACAGGACCCAAGCAAUUUCGACCCAAGCAAUCCCAUCCUUCUGAAUGAUUUGGAUCUGAAAAAAAUUGGUGAAAAACACCACAAAACCCCAGCUCAAGUAGCCCUGCGCUAUCAGGUGCAACGAGGCGUAGUUGUUAUUCCGAAGAGUUUCAAUCCUGGGCGGAUGAAGCAGAACAGAGAGAUCUUUGAUUUCCAGCUAACUGAAGAAGAGAUGAAAGCGAUUGAUGGAAUAAACCGAGGCUGCCGAUAUAUAUCUCAGAAACCGUUGGCUGGACAUCCCAAGUAUCCAUUCCACGAUGAAUAUUAAUAAGAUCAGCAAGUGAUGGGGUGUCUCAAAAGUGAUGGAACUUUCCAAAAUGGAUAGGCCAGGAACAAGACUAAGAUUCUUUGGAGCUGUUAUAUUCCUUGGACAAAGAUCAAUAAAAUCUGAGCAUUAUUCAACAUUUCAUGGGACAAGUUAUUAUUUAAUAUUGUUUGUGAAAUGGGUAUUCACGGUGUAUUCACUCUCUCUCUCCUUUUCCACUUUCUCCCCCUCCCCUCUGGUACCUGAUCCAAAUGGUUCACUCUUCAUGUGUGUAAAACAGACAGCUUCUAUUGUCACGGACAGAAUGUAUGUGUUCUCUUACUGCCUGUAAUCAGAGUGUUUUGAAUGGAAAGAGGUAUGUCUUCUUACCCUUGGAGUGUGUAUCCCAAUUAAAUAAUUCAGCAGCAAGA